UCGAUGUUAUUGGCCUGUGUGUCCUGCUCUCCUCUCCUCUCUUCCUGGUCCAGGCUGUUUACAACCUCGCAGGCAGCCAGCCAAUCACCGUCGAGCGCGAGCCGGCCGGCGACAUCAGCGCCCCUCCUCUUGCAGAGCCACUCUCUCCGCCCCCCUCGUGUGUAACCAAGACGACCAUUGAGCGGCGGCUGCGAUUGGCGGAGCGCCGCUGACGACAGCGCGGUAUCGGGAAUUCCUCUCCCCGAAGAGCCGAGAGUGACGCGCAGAGCGGGGCUUCGCAGGCAGCACGCACCGCAGACACGUGAGUCUGCUCGGCCAGUGUGUUUCCAUCCUGCUCGGCUGCCGAGCGAAGAUGCGUCUGUGUGUCCGCUUCACGUUCCACGGCAAAACUUUGAGAUAGCAUGGCCUGCCGCAUCCUCCACCGCCGCUCAUAGCCACCAGAACAGAACACUGCACCAGCAAGGCCGACUUUCAUUGGGGGUCAGCCAUGUUUCCUGAUGCUCUUGAAGCUGCUGGACGAGUGGAUGGCCUUCCGCUGUCCUCGCCGCACCCACUGUCUCAUCUGGAAGAAGAAGAAGAAGCUGAGACCGUGGUGGAGAAGGGACCGAAGAGACAGGGCCGCUAUAGGAAGAGCCUGCAACUUCUGAAGCCCUUUCGUAUCACGCAAAAACACCAGCACCCAGUCGACAACGCUGGCCUCUUCUCUUUCAUGACCAUACACUGGCUCUCCCCGUUGGCCAUUAAAGCCCACAAGGCGUCCACCUUGUCCCUGGAUGAUGUGUGGGGACUGUCUUGCCACGAAGCGUCUGAAAUAAACUGCCAAAGACUUCAGUCUUUAUGGCGUGAUGAGCUGAAAGCAAAAGGCCGGGAGGGAGCCUCCCUGACCAGAGUCUUCUGGAGAUUCUGCCGGACCCGUACUUUGGUGGCCAUCUUCUCCCUCCUGCUCACUAUGGUGUCAGGCUUCGUGGGCCCUGCUCUGCUGGUGCGAUAUUUGCUGGAAUACUCCCAAAACUCAGAGAGCCACAUAAUGUAUGGUCUAAUGCUGGUCGCCGGCAUCUUCCUCAUGGAGCUGAUACGCUCCUGGUCGCUGGCGCUCAUGUGGGCUGUCAGUUACCGCACUGCUGCUCGACUUCGUGGUGCUGCCCUCACCUUCGCCUUCCACAAGAUCCUUCGACUGCGCAGCACGAAGGACAUCAGCCCUGGUGAGAUGAUCAACAUCUGCUCCAGCGAUGGCCAGCGGCUUUAUGAGGCCGUUACCGUGGGAUGUCUGCUGGCUGGAGGGCCUCUUGUGGGCAUACUGGGACUAUCCUACACCACAUACUUCCUUGGGCCAACUGCUCUGCUGGGGUCGGCGGUAUUCAUCAUCUUCUACCCAGCCAUGAUGCUUGCAUCCAGACUGACUGCGUAUUUCCGCAAGAGGUGUGUGGUGGUGACCGACCAGCGUGUCAGGCUGAUGAACGAGAUCUUGAGCUGCAUAAAGUUCAUCAAGAUGUACUGUUGGGAAGAUGCGUUCGCACAGAACAUUCACAAGGUCAGGUCAAAGGAAAGAAAGAUACUGGAAAGCGCCGGGGUCACACAGAGCCUCACUGUGGGAGUUGCACCGAUCGUUGUUGUGAUUGCAAGUGUGUGUACGUUCACCCUCCACAUGGCCCUGGGCUAUGACUUGACUGCCGCUGAGGCGUUCACCGUGGUUGCUGUUUUUAACUCCAUGACCUUCGCCUUGAAGGUCACACCCAUGGCUGUGAGGGCUCUGUCUGAGGGUGCCGUUGCAGUUAAAAGGUUCCAGAGACUGUUCAUGAUGGAUGACAGGGAGGUGGUUUUGGUCAAAAUGGAGGAUCCUGGUAAUGCAGUGGAGUUUCAGGAUGCGACCCUUGCAUGGGAAAAGGCCAGACCCCCGGCUGUCAAAGCAAACCCACCACCCAAGAAUCAGUUUCACAGAGGAGGCAUGAGGAGGAUGCUGCGCAGGGAGAAACUCAGCCUGUACAUUUCAACUGAGGACGGCAAAGCAAACAAAGAAAGCCCCAACACUCAGAGUCUGCUCACAAACAUGGAACAAGAAAGUCCGCAAAGCACCAUUUCUUCCACGCAGAGUAUCCGACCUCCUCUGCACAAGACCCUGCACCGGAUUGACCUCCGCAUUAAGAGGGGAGCUUUGGUCGGGAUCUGUGGAGGUGUAGGUAGUGGGAAGAGUUCUCUUCUAUCAGCCCUCCUGGGACAGAUGACCCUGUUGGAAGGCAACAUCGCAGUGAGCGGGGGGUUCGCUUUAGUUUCUCAACAAGCCUGGAUCCUCAAUGACUCUUUAAAGGAGAACAUACUCUUUGGAAAUGAGUACGACAGAGACAAAUAUGAGGCUGUCCUGGAAGCUUGCUGUCUUCUUCCGGAUCUUGCAGAACUACCAUAUGGCGACAUGACAGAGAUUGGGGAGCGUGGUGCCAACCUGAGCGGAGGUCAGCGUCAAAGAGUCAGCCUGGCUCGUGCACUCUACAGCAACAGACCCAUACUCCUCCUGGACGACCCCCUCAGUGCAGUGGAUUCUUGUCUCGGAUCCCUCGUCUUCAGCAAAGCAAUUCGGGGUAUCGCUAAAGGCAAAACAGUUCUCUUUGUCACCCAUCAGCUGCAGUAUCUGCCGGUGUGUGAUGAUAUUAUUCUGAUGAAGGACGGCCAGAUAUCAGAGCAUGGCUCGCAUGCUCAGCUCAUGGCCAAAGAGCGCGACUAUGCCAACCUAUUCAACAGCAUGCAACAAGAGAAUAUGGUGAAAGAGAAUUUUAAAAACAAACAACAAACGGUGGCUGCAGAAACAACGACCGUUGUGAAAGUCGCCAAAACUGUGACAGUGGAAAACAAAAAAGCAGAAGGGCUGAUGAAAGCUGAAGAGAGAGGUUUUGGUGCUGUCUCCUGGUCUGUCUAUGGUGCCUACAUCCAAGCCGCUGGUGGACCGUUCAUCUUCUUCAUCAACAUCUUCUUCUUCCUGGCCACCACCGGCAGCAUUGCCUUCAGUAACUGGUGGCUAAGCCACUGGAUCCGGCAGGGCAGUGGGAACACCUCAUUAAUCUUGGCGAAUGAAACGGCACCAAGCGACAGCAUGAGGCUGAACCCUCACAUUCGCUACUAUUCAACAGUUUACAUCAUUUCCAUGGGAGUAGCGCUGCUGCUGAAGACGAUGAGAGGGUUGGUGUUCGUGAAGUGCACGGUGAAGGCUGCCUCCGUGCUCCAUGACAAGCUGUUUCGAAGACUCCUCCGCAGCCCCAUGCACUUUUUUGACACCACACCUUUGGGUCGUAUCCUGACCCGCUUCUCCAGGGACAUGGACGAAGUGGAUGUGCGUCUCUCCAUGCAAGCUGAGAUGCUGCUUCAGAACCUGACCCUGGUGCUCUUCUGUCUGGGAAUGGUCAGCGUCAUCUUUCCCUGGUUUCUGAUCUCCAUCAUUCCCCUCGGAGCCUUUCUCUACAUUGUCAACCGUGUCUCCAGGAUUAUGAUCCGUGAGCUGAAGCGUAUUGAAAACAUCAGCCAGUCACCUUUUGCCUCUCACAUCACCACCAGUCUUCAGGGACUCUCCACCAUUCAUGCCUACGGAAGAGGGCGGGACUUCCUCCACAGAUAUCAGGAACUGCUGGACACCAACCAGGCAUCCAAUUACCUCUUCAGUUGCGCCAUGCGUUGGCUGGCUGUUCGCCUCGACCUCAUCAGCAUCUCCAUUAUCACUUCUGUGUCGCUUCUUAUUGUGCUAAUGCACAAGCAGAUUUCACCAGCGUACGCAGGCCUGGCCAUUUCCUACGCCAUUCAGCUGACCGGCUUGUUCCAGUUCACUGUGAGGCUGAUAACUGAAACCGAGGCUCGCUUUACUUCAGUGGAGAGGAUUCAUCACUACAUCAAGUGUCUGGAGAGCGAAGCGUCGCGACACGGUCCGGAGACAGACGCGCCUGCCCCCUCCUGGCCUCUGCAGGGAAACAUCACAUUUCAGGACGUGCAGAUGCGUUAUCGCGAUGAUCUGCCUCUGGUGCUAAAGAAUCUGUCCUUCACCAUCCCACCUGAAGAGACUGUCGGCAUUGUGGGCCGCACGGGAUCAGGAAAGUCCUCGUUGGGAGUUGCUUUGUUCAGACUGGUGGAGCUGGCUGGAGGCUCCAUUACCAUUGAUGGAAUCAAUAUAGCACAGAUUGGUCUGGAUGACCUGCGGAGCAAGCUCGCCAUUAUACCCCAAGAGCCUGUGCUCUUCAUUGGAACGAUCAGGACUAAUUUAGACCCAUGGGAUCAGUACUCCGACGCCCAGGUGUGGGAGGCUCUUGAAAAGACGCACAUGAAAGAAAUGGUCAGCACGCUGCCGCACUCCCUGCACUCCGAGGUGACAGAGAACGGCGAGAACUUCUCAGUGGGAGAGCGACAGCUGCUGUGUGUGGCCCGGGCUCUUCUACGAAACAGCAAGAUCCUUCUCCUUGAUGAGGCGACAGCCGCCAUCGACACAGAGACCGAUCGCUUAAUUCAAGAGACCAUUCGCUGUGAGCUUGGCAGCUGCACCACCCUCAUCAUCGCCCACCGACUCAACACUGUGAUGAACUGCAGCCGGGUCAUGGUGCUGGAGAAUGGCCAGAUUUUGGAGUUCGACACUCCCGCCGCUUUGCUGGCAGAUGAAAGCUCAAGAUUCAGAGCUAUGAUUGAAGCUGCUGAAAACCAAAGCCGGUGCUGACCUUUGAACCCCAGCGGUGAUGUACGCCGAGGAACCUGAUCCUCCUGCCGUGCUGCUUCACAUCACGAUGCUUGUUUUAUUCCAAACCAAAGACCCAAGGGACCACGUUUCCUGAGAGACUUUGUUCAAGUCUCACUAUGCAAAUAAUGGCACUGCUGCCACAGGAUCAACGUCACCAUGUCACAGAUGUAUUUUUUUUGGACACCAAACAAUUCAAUGCAUGUAAAGCAGAGGCUUUUCUCUGAGAGUGGCACUUUAUAUUUCAUGUGGACGCAUGAAAUCACUGCUUCCUUCUCUCCUGUCUUGAGGAGGACAGCUAAUCCUCUAGUUUGUAUGGCAGUAUUGAAACCCUCACCAUAUAUAUAACAUUAGAAUUGAAGAGAUGGUGUCAGAAUUGCAUGGUUUAGUGAUGAAUAUUUUAUUUUAGCUGUACACCUCAUGUCUCUAUUUAUGUGUCAUUUAUAAAUGUUUUAAUCUUAGAAGAGAGAGUGAUUGCAAAUGCAGUAUACGCCUAGAUCUGUAUAAACAAUUCAGGAAUAAUGGAAGUAGCCAUACGUGCUGUGAUAACUUUCCUGUACUGUGUUCUUGAAGUGUUGUUGUCUGUCUUAAUCUAAAUGCUGGAGUGAAAACUACACACUGUACUGUUCUUAGGCAUUUCACUGUUAAGCAAAGCACGUUUGAGCGGUGAUGAUUUUCGGUACUUCAUGUGGAUUUUCAACAAGUUGUGUCUUCACAGAACAGAGGAUUGUAAACCUUUGCCUUAUAAUCAAGCCUGCGCUGUACAAUCACGUUUGUGCAAUAUGUUUCUAUUGCACUGAAGCAUUUUCAAGAUUGCCUUCGUACACUUGAGAUUGUAUUGUUGCAAUAUUUAUAUAUUUUUUAAAAUUGCAGAUUUUUGUU